AUGCCGGAUACGGAUUUCGUAAUGAAAUGUCGCGGACUGCCAUGGUCUUGUACAGAAGAUGAUCUACGUGAAUUUUUUGGGGAAGCAGCAAGAUCAAUCACUCAGAUAAAGCUGACAAAAGACCGUGAUGGACGUGCAAGUGGUGAGGGAUUCGUUGUAUUUAGUAGCCGAGAAGAUUAUGACUUUGCUUUAACAAAGGACAAGAAAUAUAUUGGUAAACGGUAUGUGGAGCUUCAACAAGUUUCAUCGAUGGAAUCCGAUUAUGAUGAUAGCGAUAGGCGAUAUGGAGGAUCAUUGGCAGAUCCAAAUUUGCCUGCCCGUGAGACAUCUAUUGUUAGAUUGGCCGGCUUACCAUAUGGUUGUACCAAAGAAGAAAUCGUUCGUUUCUUUGAACCACUUGAAAUAGCCGAUAGAGGUAUUGUUAUGACUUACGAUCGUUACAGUGGAAAACCGAAAGGCGAAGCUUUCGUUGCAUUUAUUGAUGAUGAGUCGGCCUCAAAAGCUCUUGCUAAAAAUAAGGAAUACAUUCAGCAUAGAUAUGUGGACAUAUAUCCGUCAUCUUAUGGUGAGAUGCUUCGAGCUUUGGAUGGAGGUCUUGAUCCGUACGGUGGUGGUCGGGGAUGGGAAAGGGAUCGUCGCCCGAGAGGGUUGCCAUAUGAUCGUCCAGGUGCUGACCGGGGUUAUCGUGAUUCCAGAAUGCAUCGGAAUGAAGUAUGGGCCGACAGAUACGGUGGUAGUGGCGACGGUUAUGAUGAUGGGUACGGUGGUGGACGUGGUGGUGGAGGACCGAUGCGACGGGGUUGGAGAGAUGAACCGCCGAUGGGUGGCCAUAGGGGGUAUUCACCACCGCGGCGUCGUUAUACGACGCCGCCACCGGAAUACUGUAUACGGAUGCGCGGUCUUCCAUAUCGGGCCACGGAACGCGACAUAAUCGAUUUCUUCCAACCGCUACGACCAGCAUCGAUUGAUGUGUUAUAUGAAUAUGGAACGGACCGUCCUAGUGGUGAGGCAAUUGUUGAGUUCAGAAAUCGAGCGGAUUUCGAUGCUGCCAUGCAACGCAAUAGAAAUUAUAUGGGAUCACGUUACGUAGAACUCAUCCCGGAACAAUAA